AAAGAAGAAGAAGAAGAAGAAGAAGAAGACAGAGACAGAGACAGAGACCCGUGGUUCCAAUCAAACGCGUGUUGCUCGUGGAUUAUACCAUAACUCUUAUAUAAAACAAGGCAUUUUGGAUCUGUCAUAUUUCAUCAGUAGUCCGAGGAUGUCAUAAUAAGUCUCGUCAUUCUCGUUGUGAAGGUGCUUCUUAGAGUGAGCAGGUCUGAGUCAUGCUGCUGGAUGUGAUGCAGGCUGGAGGAGGAUUCAUACUCCUGGAAGAUAGCGUGCAGUGCUCCGCGCGAGGACUCCUCAGGUGUUUCAUUCAUGCAGCGCUGAAGAGGGGCGAGGACGUCCAUGUGCUGGGGUUUGAGAGUCCUGAAACACAAGUGUGUGCUGGUUUGGACAGCAGCAGCGUGCAGAGGCUUCAUUUUCAUAAGGGCUUCCCCGAUCCUCUCGGCUGGACGUGCAGGUCGUCUUUCACGGUCGAGCGCUUCACUUCUCAACACAUAACUCAGCUCAUCAAAGACACGCAGCAUGCCCAAGCAUCAGUGCUCGUUGUUGACUCUCUCUCGAUGGUUUUGAGACAUCAUGACCCCGUCGUCUUCUGUCAGACACUUCAAGAGCUCAGGAAAGGAGGAGUUAUUAAAACUAUCAUCGGUCUCCUGCAUUCAGACUUGCAUCAGCAAGGCAUUGUGGGUAUUGUGUGCCACUUGGCCGAUACUGUUAUCUCUGUGGCACCUGCAGACAAUGAACGCCUUUCUGUGGCAAAGACCACGAGACGCACAAAGUCAGGCAAAGUCAUGCAAGAGGAAGAGUAUUUCAGUGUGUCCGAGGACGCGGCUCUUUCAGUGCAGGCCAAACCACGUCAGCCUGGACAUGUGCAGAGAGAGCGAGACGUGUCUGAGGCUGAUCCCACAUCAAACCUGACGUUCAAUCUGCGUCUGUCUGAGGACGAGAGGAAAGCCAAGGAGAAAGUGGCACUGCCGUUUGUAUUUAGCCAACAAAAAAAGUCCGCUCUUCUGCGGCCGACUCCUGGCUCCGGGAGGAUCGUGUACGAGCCUGACGCCAACGACGACUUUGACGAGGAGGAUCCAGAUGAUGAUCUCGAUGUGUGACUGAAGUCAGCCCACAUCAUGACCUCAAUCUGCGAAUGUCAUAACCAUCUCCAUAAAUAUAUUUAUUUAUGAUUCA